AAUGUAUAUUUCAGAAUAGGAAAACAGGAUGAAGCUAUAGCUCAGUAUAGUAAAGCUAUCGACAUCUGUCCAAAGGAAAAUGUCGAAAAUCUUGCGAUUUUUUAUCAAAACAGAGCUGCUGCGUAUGAGCAAUUGAAAAAAUAUAGUUCUGUGAAAGCAGAUUGUACAAAAGCGUUGGAACUAAAUCCAAAAUAUAUGAAGGCUUUGCUACGUCGGGCACGUGUUUUAGAGCAAAUUGAAGAUUUGGAUGCCGCUAUGAAGGAUUUGACUAUUGUAUGUGUUCACGAAGGAUUUUCUAAUCAUACUUCUCUUGUGAAGGCAGAUAAGGUCUUGGAUAAGCUUAUAAUACAACACGCUGAGGAAAGUUGGGUGUAUAAAAAGUUAAUUUUACCAAUUAAUCAUGACAUUGAUAUAUAUAUAUAUUUUAUCUUUCCAGAGUAA